AUCAGCAAGUCAUGCUCGGUUAGCCUUCGUUGACUCUCUCCAACACGAGUUAUGAGACUGAGAAUUCUCCAACCGAGCUUCUAACAAGUGGAUGCUGACAAGUCAAAGCGAAUGAUACGACGCUAUUCAAAGCGUCAAUCGAGGAACGAGUCAUUGGCAAUAAAAAAAUGCAGCCUAUUCUACUUCGCAUUUAAUGAACGAAGACUGGCUUUGGCCUUCAUGUUCCAGUCAAUGGCCUCGUCUCUUUCCCUGCUUCUCCACCUUUCGUUCCACUUGGUCAUCUCUCAUCGUGCUGCUGCCAGAUUCCUCAUGGACAGAAACAUCACCUCCCACCUUGAAGUGGCUGCGAACAAUUCUGCUGCAUCUUCAUCGGAUUCAGAUGACAAGUUCCGUUUCCAGCCUCUCUGGGUUGCAGUUGGCUUCCUGAUGGCUGCAGUUCCGAUGCUUCUUUGCUGGUUAGCAAUCAAAUUACGUAGAAGGAUCGGCAUGUUCGAGGAUCAAAGCAGCGCGGAUGGGCUGACCGUCUUUAGCCCCGUGAUCACGAAAGCCGAGCUUCUCUCCUUAUUGGAGAAGCUCGACGAUGGUUGCCAGAUCAUCGGCCGCGGGGGCUGCGGCGUCGUCUACAAGGCUGGAUUGGCCGCCGUCGACGGCAGGAGGGUCGCCGCCGCCAUCAAGAAGAUCAUCCAGCCGGCCGUCGACGCGGCGCAGCUCUGCGAGGGGGAAACGAAGCUCCUCAACUACACGAUUCGCCAGAUCAGGUCGGAGAUCCAGACCGUCGGCCGCAUCCGGCAUCCGAACCUUCUCCCCCUCCUUGCUCACAUUUCGCGGCCGAGUUGCCACUACCUCGUCUACGAGUUCAUGAGGAACGGGACCUUGCAGGACGCGAUCAGAGGCGCGGCCACGGGGAGGAGGAAGCUGGAGUGGCCGGCGCGGUACAACAUAGCGCUCGGCAUCGCCGCCGGCCUCGAGUACCUCCACGUGGUGCACCGCCCGCGGGUGAUCCACAGAGACCUGAAGCCCGCGAACAUCCUGCUCGACGACGACCUCAACGCCCGGAUCUCCGACUUCGGGCUCGCCAAGGUGGUACCGGACACGGCGAGCGGCCCCAUGAGGUCGGGGUUGAAGGGAACCAUCGGGUACAUCGCGCCCGAGUACCAUCAGACGCUGCUGUUCACCGACAAAUGCGACGUCUACAGCUUCGGGGUCAUCCUGGCGGUGCUCGUCACCGGCAAGUUCCCCACCGACGGGUUCUACUGGACGACGGAAGAGAUGCGCAUGGUAGAUUGGGUGAGCAACGCGAUGAGGUCGGCGGAGCCGGAGGCGGCGAUCGAUCGAACACUUGUGGGCAAUGGGUUUGAGGAGCAGAUGCUACUGGUGUUGAAGAUUGCAUGCUUCUGCACUUACGAUAACCCCAAAGCGAGGCCUAAUAGCAGGGAGGUCCGACUGAUGCUCGCCCAGAUUAAGCAUUAGCCCCAAGAAUUAACCUUUAGUUUGAUUGAUAGUUUCUGCGCUAAAAGUGUUCCGAGUACAGCAGAAAGGCCUAAUAAUGGUUAGCCUCAUCUCUGUUCUUCUUCUUCGUGGUAUUUCAUGUAUACUUGGAUGUAAGAUUUCACUGAGCCAAGCAGCGGGACGAAGGCUUCCACAGGUAUAGAAGCAUAAGCCGCCGUGCAACCGAUCGUCGAAGCUGCGUGGUGGAAUCCCCAACCUGAAAUUGUUGACUUUGAAAGUCAAUGAUGACCAAGUCAACCAUUCUCGCUGAGAUAAUAUAUUGAAUUAUGGAUAUAUAGUUUUGAUAUAUUCAGUAUUGAA